GCCAGCACAACAACGCCAGUUGGGCGUUUUACAGCCAGAAGCUCGAGCAACAUGGACCUUGUUCUUCUCUGUAUGUCCCUGCCACUAUUCACAGUGGCAUGGGGCCAAUAUGGGGACUUUUACCAUUCCUAUGAUGACUACAGGAGUACUGAUGACUGGGUUAAUGUGUACCGGCAGGGUUUCAGCUUCCAGUGCCCUCAUGGGCAAGUGAUAGUGGCUGUGAGGAGCACAUUCAGCAAGAAGGAAGGGUCUGAUAGAUUGUGGAACUAUGCCUGCAUGCCUACCCCAGAUACUCUUGGGCAGCCUACUGAAUGUUGGUGGGAAGAUAUCAACAGAGCUGGACUGCAAUGGUAUCAAACAUGUUCAAAUAAUGGGUUAGUGGCAGGAUUCCAGAGCCAAUAUUUUCCAUCUGUGCUUGAUCGAGAGUGGCAGUUUUAUUGUUGCCGGUACAGCCAGAGAUGUCCAUACUCAUGUUGGAUGACAUCAGAACAUCCAGAACAUUAUGGAGAAGACAUGGACAUGAUGAUGUACACCUAUGAUCAUUAUAUCCGCGGAGCAGCCACAACUUUCUCUGGUGUAGAAAGAGAUCGUCAAUGGAAAUUUAUUGCCUGCAGGAUGACAGAUUUUGAUUGUCAAUUUCAAAAUGCUUAGAAGCCCUGAAUAUAUACUACGUUCUAGAGUAUGGGUGGGAAAUAAAGAAAAGGGUGAAAAGAAAAAAGGUAGGAAAGUCAAGUUUAGUAAUAAUGCACCAACCUCUUCACAGAGGUUUGACUCUUGUACUCAAAAAUUGCAUUCAGCUUUAUUUUCUGCAGGUGAAUUCUUACAGCUCUUAAUUAAAUAAUACAUAUGCUGCCUCCAUUCUUACAAUCUCUGCAGAUCAUGCAUGCAGAGUACUUGAAUUUCUAUUGCUUUCCGGCCCAUUCACAUGCCUGAUCAUUUGCAGCUGCGGGAUCAAUGUUAGUAUGGGAGUAAGCAUGGCCAGUCUCUCUUCCCACAAUAAUGGAACUUUUACCCAUUAUUGGUCCAAUUCUCACAUAUGUCACUACUAUGAACUGGGCAUAUGGGUAGUU